AUGGCCCUCACAACAACAGUCGACAUUGAUGCCACUCUCAGACGAUUCUGGGAGCUGGAACGCAUUCAUCGCAAGGCAGAAGUUCAACCUGAGGACAAAGAGGUCGAGGAGCACUUUCUCAACACCCACGCUCGGGACGAUAAUGGCAAAUACAUCGUGGAGCUUCCUUUUACAUCAUCAGAUCCUGAAUUUGCAGAUACCCUUCAAGGAGCUUUGCAGCGGUUCAAAUCGGUUGAACGCCGUUUAUCACAAAAUCAUCAGCUACGUAAGGAUUAUGUAAACUUUAUGAGGGAAUAUCAGAGUCUAGGACACAUGCGAGAAAUCUCACCGAGCGAAAUUCCCAACGAAAGGAAUUUCUAUCUACCUCAUCAUCCUGUAUUGGGUCGGAAACUCAGAGUAGUCUUCGACGGCUCAUACCGGGACACCAAAGGCAAGGCGUUAAACGACACACUGUCGAUUGGACCCAGUAUUCAGCGAGACCUGUUUGCUGUGUGCCUGCGGUUCCGUAUGCACAAAUACGUAUUUUCAGCGGACAUAGUCAAAAUGUUCCGUCAAAUCUGGGUGAGCGAAAAACAUAGAAACUUUCAGAGAAUCCUAUGGCGAGAGGAUCCGCAAUCGGGACGAACUCGUCCAACUGAUGUCCUGUGCUAA